ACAGCCUUCGCCCCCAGUUAAAAAAGAUUUUAUGUCUCGGCUCGAAAUAAGUUAACAAAACUAAAAUGAUCAUGCAUUUGUACGUUAAACAGUACUUAUUGAUAUGGAUAUUUCAAUGAUAUCACUUGCAUUUUUGAUAUGUUUAUUUUUUGGAAAAGGUGUACCAUUACCAACACUGUGCGUGGAUGACAAAGUAGAUGGAAACUGUGAUUUUAUGAAAUGUGUUCAUGGGAUGUAUAUUAAGAUGCCUGGAUGUCCUGUUGGUCUAAGGCACCAAAAGUAUCCUGAUUACGCAUGCGUAUUUAAAGAGGACCCCGAUGCCUGUUUGCCAGAUGGUAGUCCAAUCCCUAUCACACAACCACAGUGUAUCGAAGACAAGGUUGAUGAAACCAGUUGUACUUUUAUGAAAUGCGUGCAUAGAAAGUUCAUAGCAAUGCCUGAAUGCCCAAGUACACUCAGACACAGAAAAUAUGGCGACUUUGCAUGCGUGCCGCUGGAUCAUCCAGAUGUUUGUGUACCUGGUCUUACAACCGACAAAAUUAUAACUGAUCCCGACCCUUGUAAACCAAACCCAUGCGUAAACGGAGGACACUGUAUAGGAUCGUCACCACCACAACAAACCUAUAUGUGUGUCUGUACCAGCGCCUCUAGUGGACAGAACUGUCAGAUAGGCAAUGCAUGUGUAAACAAGCCAUGUUUGAAUGGUGGAUCUUGCACGGGCACAAUUGAUGGAGUUAUAUGUGUUUGUCUUCAAAAUGUUGAUGGGUUUUCUUACCACGGUCCGAAUUGUGAAUUGAAAUCACAGUCAUUAUCAAAAGUUUGCGCCGAUAUCCCAUGUGUAAACGGAGGAACAUGUCAUGCUAGUACAACUGGAUUUUCAUGUACAUGUUAUUCUGGCUUUACUGGACAAUUCUGUGAAUUAGCUUUUGAAGACUUGGUGACCAGUUGUGACGUCAAACCUUGUUUAAAUGGAGGAGUGUGUUUUGCAACCCCUACUGGACAUCAAUGUGUUUGUACGGUAUCUCAGGAUGGGAAGAUACAAUAUACUGGUACACAUUGUGAAAUAGCAGCGACUAUAGAAACUGACCAAUGCAGAAGUAGUCCAUGUUUACACGGAGGAACCUGUUCUAACAUGGGAUUUUCUCCUGGCUAUAUGUGUCAGUGUGUGACGAUUCCAACAGGAAAGACAUAUGGGGGACAGCGUUGUGAGGAUGAAUUGACAUCCUCUGCUAUAACUGACCAAUGCCAGACGUCGUCAUCAACCAAGUUUGCCGAUACAGAGGAAUGUCAAAGGUUUUACGAUUGUAGUAUAGUAUAUGCGAAUGUUCCGCUACAUUUUAAGCAACAUUUAGACGAAUGCAUUUAUCCCCAGAUGUUUAACGAUAUCACCAACCAGUGUGACAAUUUUACGAAUGUGAAUUGUGGAAGUAGAAAAGUGUUGGUCGAUGGAUGUGAUUAUUCAAGAAACAAACCACUUCCUGGUCACUCAGAACCAUGCACGAUUGCCUAUCCUAGCUGCCGCAAUAAAGAUGAUGGAUUAUACGAGCACCCAGAUAAACAAAUGACACCUCACUACAUCAAAUGUUUUAUGGAAAGGAUGAUUGGUACAUUUCAGUGUGGAAAGGACCUAUAUGGGGAUGAAAAGUACUUUUAUAAAGGAACGUGUACCAGUCAAUAUCAAAUUCCCAAAGCUGAGGGCGGUAAAUUGAUUGACUGUGUAAACUUAGGGGAUGGUUAUUAUCCUGACGAAGACAUAAAAAGUAGAUACAUUAAGUGUAUUAGCAAUGUUGCGACAGUCCACGACUGUAAUUACCCAUUGGAGUUCAGUCCAUUAUAUAAGGCUUGUAUGUUCUUGUGAUUUCAGGAAUGGAUUCGUUUGCCUUGGCCCAAAGUCGAAUCAACCUACUUUUGUGGUUUAACA